ACGAGCUCUUCAAACAAGAGGCGUGAAAGUAAAUUCGAAAAACUCGCCCGGCCUACCACGUAAACAUGCAUCUACAGCUACAACUAGUGUUCAUAUCGAGUAUAAUACUAUUUCAUUAUACAGAUGAUGCAUUGGGACAAAAGAAGAAGAAGAAAGAGCUGGAAAUUAUUGUAGAACACAAACCAGAAGAAUGUUACACUGUGGCUGCAGAUGGAGAUGAGGUGACCAUACACUACACUGGUAGUUUAGAAUCAGGGGCAGUGUUUGACUCCUCCAGGAGACCUGGACGUUAUCCCCUUCCAUUUGUACUUGGUCAAGGCAGAGUUAUACAAGGUUGGGAACAAGGAAUAAAAGGCAUGUGUGUUGGUGAAAAGAGAAAGCUUAUUAUUCCAUCCCAUUUGGGUUACGGCAAACAAGGUCUUCCUCCUGCAAUUCCAGGGGGAGCUACACUGAUAUUUGAGACUGAGUUAGUAAGUAUAAAGCCAGGUAGUGCAGGUGACAAUAUAGAAGCCAAGAUUGUGUCACUUAUUCGUGUUCUAGCCAUACCAAUGGCAGCCUGCAUGGUUGUCUAUCAAUUAUAUAAAAAAUAUCAAAGAGAAGAACAAGACAAAGUUGCAGCUAAGAAGGAGUCUAAAGAAGAAAGGAAAACAAAAAAGAAAAGAAAUUAAAGAGUAUGGCAGGACAAAGAAAAAUAUUUAUACAUUGUCGCCAAGGUUAAAUACAUCAAAUGUAUUUAUUCUACAUUUAGUUAGAGUCCUGGCAAAUUUCUCCACAGUUUUUCUCCACAAUUUUUG